AGAACGGCGUUGAACGGUUUCCUGGUGAUGUAGGGUACGAUGAGAAAACAGUGAGCUUGAUUAGGAGAAUUGACUUCGGCUGGGCGGUGGAGAGAGAGGAUCCAAGUAAGAAGCCGAAGAAGAGUAGUGCUGAUUCAAGUUCUUCCUCAAAGGAAACGGCCGCCAAUCAGCCCUGGCCGUGGCAGAGCUUAGUGGAGAAUCUUCAGCUGGCUCAUCAAGAACUCUCUGUCAUUAUUGAUCUCAUCAAUACUGUAGAAGCAAAUGAUGCUGUAACAGUGGCUGGUAUGACUAGGCCAAAGCAAUUACCUAAUGAGCUUCUAUCUGACCUUGCUGUGUCUAUGGCUACCAAAUUGCAGAAUUUCCUGUUCCUUCAAUUUCAGCACUUGGGGAAGUAUUUUAAGCAAUCUGCAAAAGCAUUAGAGAAGCAGGUAGCUAGGGAAGCAAGAUUUUAUGGUGCUCUGAUUAGAUUGCAACAAAAUUGGAAAAUUAAAUGGCAUCGAAUGGUGGCUGCUGCUUCUGGAAAUGAAGGAUUUUACAUCGACUUGAUCGACAAUACAUUGCAUGAUCCGGCUCUUCUAUUCCGUCCUUCUUCUGCUUCUGCUGUUCGUAUUGAGCAUGACUCAGAUGGAAUGCUUGCUGUAAAUUUGCCGCCUAACUCAUGUAAAACUCUCCGAUUUGAGUUUCUUGGUGCAUAUUCAACUGGUAAUGCCAUGAAAUCUACCAUGACAGAAGUGAAGGACAAAACUAAGGAUUCUUCUGGAGAAUCUAAGAAAGAAAUAGACGACGAUGAGCAUGUCAAACGAACACAUUGUACCCUACGUGAAGUCCAUAGAGCCAUAUUUGAUGAGCAGGUGUUUGAUCUUGUGAAUCAUGAAGCCUUCAACCCAUCUUUAGGCAUUGAUGUGACAGGAAUUCAAGAGAAUAAUUUACGUUUAAGCAUUCGUCAAGGAACCUCUGUCUCCCUUUCACUUGUGCCAUCCAAUGAAGGUGAUAAAACAACCAGAGGUGAAGGUGAUGAAACUGUGGGGGCUGCUAUUAUGAGUAUGGAAUCUUUUGAUGGAUCAAACUCUGAUGAUAAAAAAUUAUAUCUGAAAAAGUCAGGGUCUCUGAAUCAAGUCAGUUUUGAAAUUUAUUUGCAACAAAUAUUCCAUGAACAUGUAUUUGUAAAAGCCAAAGACAGAUCUUCAAAUUCUAUCAAGCUUCGAGAAUCCGUUCUGCCUACAAAGGACAGUCCAAAUCUUCUUGGACAUUUCUGCAUGUCUUUUGCUCAUAGAAUCUUCUCAAACAAGGUUCUUGCAGAGCUGGAAAGUCUGGUUACCCGAACGCCUUAUGUGGAAUUGAUAUCUCACCUAACUUGGCACUCUCGAAAGUCUUCCUGGACACUCUUGAUGAAGGUACCUCAGUCAAUUCUCAAUGCAGCAGGAAAGAAAGUUCCCACAUCCUACCUGGACAAGAAUGUUAAGUCUCAGUUCCGCACUAAGGUUUCAGUGUGUGAUGAUUCCAUUAGCAUGGAAGGUGAAGGUGCACCCAAUGUUGUUGGUCUGUUUGAGGGGAAAUCCAAUGAUAACUGCCCUUUAAACAGAUAUGGUUGUGAUUUGGCAAAUCUUCCCGCUAUUCUGCUGCAGCAAGUAGCCAGCCAAGUCAUACGGUGGCUUCACGAGGAAGCUCUUAUGGUGGGUAUAAAGGCUAACAGAGACUUUUUGUCAUUGUGGUUUGAAAUGGAAGAAGGGGAAACGGUUGGCCUCGUAGCCCACAUUGACCCUGAAGAUCCAAUAGGAUGCAUCUCUUGGUGGUUGGUGAUGGAGGAUGGCUAUUCAGAGGAACACAAGCUUCAAGCUGAAAUUUGUAAUGGCGAAUCCGAGAGAAGAAAGUUCUUAGGCUAUUUGUCUUUGGGUGUAUUGUACUCUACUUUGCUGGACUUGGUUAGCUUGAGCAGUGGCUCAAUGACUAAUUAAAUAGUAGUCUCGAAUUCUUCUAAUUAAUGUGGUAUUUGCGGGGCAAAGGAAAAGGUGUUCAAUUUUGAUACAACAACAUCAUCCAAGUUUUAGUCCCCAAAAGAUUCGAUGAAAUUCAAUAUGAUGUUUUAAUUAUUUAUGUUUUUUUUAUAACGCUGGUGUUCGGGUUAUCUGGCUUGAUUGAUCCCGCUGCUUCUGAAGUUAACGACUGGGC